AUGGUUCUCAUUGGUUCUAGGAUGCCAACACGAUCGGCGGUGGUGAGAUUCGUUCAAAGGGAUUGUGCGGGUGCUUGCGUCGGCACGUUGAAGACUUUAUCCGCAGAGGGCAUGUCUUUGCAGUCCCGCGAUCUAGAUGAGCGGCGCCGGAGCCCGGCGGCACGAUGCUAUCUCAAGAGUGUCCGCGCGACAAUUGCUAACACCGGCGCCGGCCAACACGGCGAAUUAUUCAAACACAUCCAGCCUCUACUUGCGUUUCUACAAUCCUUGACAUACCAAUUUCCCAUCGUUAUUUGCAACCUGCAAUUCAGGAACUGGAACGAAACCAAAGGCAUGAGAGAUAAAGUCAACAUCCCAGUUUGGUUCAAGGAAGGCGGGGGGCGGGGCGGGAUGCCGUCACGUGCGCGCGCAUCUGAUAGCACGCAGACG